UCGAAAUCAUCCAUUUUGGUAUGUCAGUUUGGUUUAGAUUAUACUAGAAAUCCUCUACAUAGAGAUAAGCGGAAGUUACAUAUGUCGAUUCGGCAACGCUGUUCAUUUUGUUUACAUCAGCUGCCAACACUUGCUGCAAAGCUAGAUGUUCAAACUUUGUGCGUGACUUCGUAGUGGUUCAAGUUGUUUUGUUUACAUUUUCUAAUAGGCUCCUAAAGGCCUAUCUCAAUUUCUGCAUAAUUCGAUCUGGCAUUGAUUAAAACGACAUGUUUACUCAUUUUUUAAGUAUUCCUAUUAGGUAAAGCCCAUAAAAUAUAUUUUCAAAAAUUUUAAUAAUUUUUGCAACACUCCUUGUUUAGCACUAAAUUUUGGGUAAAUUUUGUUUACCGUGUAUGUCAAACAGGAACAUUUAUUGUCAAAAGUGAGCCAAUGUGGUGUCUUUUGCAACCCGCCGUUUCACUUUUGUUACGUCAAGGUUGACCUCGAAUGUCAAACAAGACCUGCUCAUCAUUAUUUUAUUUUCAAGUUUAUUAACUAUUCUGUUAUUGUUUAAGUUCGGAAAAAUUACCAUUGAGAUCAGAAAAGCAUGCUCUUUCGUGUUAUGCAGCAAAACCGGGGAAAUAUUUUUCAUUUUAGGACCCUAUUAUAAUAGAUUUUUUUUCAAAAUUUUGAGAAAAAAUAGCGGAGCAAUCGAUGAAAUCUGAAAUUUAUUGUAAAGUGUUAAGCUAAACAUAUCGGCAGAACUGAAGCAAGAAGCAGCAAUGAAAGUUUUUUCGAGAAGUGCAGCAACAAAAGUUUCGUCAUACUUUUGAAAGCAGAAUUAAUUAAAUUCUAUCUUUUUACUAAACUUACAUAUGCCGUCAAUUUCUCGAUAUUAAAAAUAAAUAAUUUUAAUUUAUUUAGCUCGGAUUGCAAUACCGUUCAAUCGACGCCUUCUUACGAACGAUCAGCCUGUUCAUUUGGCUCACACUUUGACAGUUCUCUCUGCACGAUUGGCUUACAAUGGCCGCCUCCGCAGAUCUCUAUAAUGUAGGAUUACUAGAUUAUACUAGUCGGCUCCGUGACACGCCGUGGUUUCUUUUUCAAGCUUUCUUCUCUUUUUGUUGUUUCUUUUUCAGCUCAUCUUCCGUUCUUCACGAAGCUUUUUCUAUGUUCCUUUUCUUCAGCCACACGUCGCUUUUCUUCCUCUUUUUCUGAGAACUCACGAACAAACUCAUCAUCAUGUUAAAAUGUGAUACCUUUUAGAUCGGUAUUGUCGCUUGUUCUCACGCUGCAGAGUCGCACUCGUGUUGACUUCAAUCUCCCGUUCAACUGGUACAUCAAAGGCCGCCGCAUUUGUGUUCAAAUUCACUUCAGUCUUCAGUCUUCGUUAUUUCAACAUUCCAACGAAUUUUAGGUGCUGCUUCUUCUAGGAUUCGAAAGAUGUCAAACAGAGCUUCUUCUUCAGGAUUGUCGAGAACAAUGAAAUCUCUCUUGUAUGCUUUAGCCCGCGUUGAUCCUAUCACUGAAGCGCACUGUUUCAGUGCUCGUUAAGCUUUCUGUAAGUCGGUUUGGGGAACAUCGGAUACCUCAUCUGACAACACUUCAAAGACCUCCUGCUCGGCAGACUUAUCCAUACAUUUAGUAUAAUCUAUGGCAUUUGGUAUUGCAAUCCCAUAGAUAUAAACCCGACGCCCUUAAUCCGCUAGUGAUGCUUCUCGUAGUAAGCGAGUGUCGGAGACAGUCCUGUGAAAUGAACUAACACUCGGAUUGUUGUUCUGAAUACGAAUGCUCAUGUUUAUUGCAUUAGGAGUAUUUAUAUGUGAUGUUAACAAUAGCUGAUUGUUUAUGUUCAAAAGGUUCUUGACUCAUAUUGUUGAUCAACAUUCUGAAUAGUUCUUUAUCAGUUAAGGUACUACUACUACCGUAGCUAUCAUCAUCAUUAACAAUCAUUUUGGAAUUAGCACUUGCUUCAUUCCUAUUCAGCCUACACUAAACUAAAUAGUUGUACUCAACAUCCUGAAGAACACCUGCGAAGUCCUUCAGCGUUACCUUUCGUAGCCGAUCGUCCUUACGAAAUCUUUCUACUGCUUUCAGCCAACCGUUUUCAAACGGUUUGAAUGCGGGUGGCAUGGUUUCCCCUGACGCAUGGAAAGUAAACAUGACAGUGACAUUAAGCUUGCUGCUGUUCCUUUCAACAUCAUACACAUUCCGGCUACCAUGCAAUGCCAAAACCAUUUUGGUUUUAAGGUUAAGAUUAAAGGAGGUUUCAUCUCCAUUCAAAAUCCUGUGAGGAUCAUCCAGAAUAUGCAAGAGGUUUUUGUCUUUCAAAUAUGUUUCAAUUUGUCGGAACCAAGGUUUGAUGUCGUCGGGUGAAACCUUCGCACUGGCGUUUGUAAUGAUUUUUUUUUGUCGACGUUGUAGGAACAGUCUUAGCCAUUUCUUGCCUGAAAACACUUUUUGUUCAUCGACGGUAGUUCAUAUAUAUUUUUUUUUUAUUUUAUCUGUAUGAACGAGAUUUUUAGCCCUCUCUCUCUCUCUCUCUUCUUGGCGUAACGUCCUCAUUGGGACAAUGCCUGCUUCUCAUCUUAGUGUUCUAUGAGCACUUUCACAGUUAUUAACUGAGAGCUUCCUCUGUCAAUGACCAUUUUGCAUGCGUAUAUCGUGUGGCAGGCACGAAGAUACUCUAUGCCCAAGGAAGUCAAGGAAAUUUCCUUUACGGAAAGAUCCUGGACCGACCGGGAAUCGAACCCGUCACCCUCAGCAUGGUCAUGCUGAAUAUCCGUGCGUUUACCGCUUCGGCUAUAUGGGCCCUUUUAGCCCUAGGCUAGUUCAUUUCGGGACCCACGCUUUACUUCCCUUCCGAAGAAAGAACUCAUAUUUCGCGAGUUUGUCGGGAGUGGGAUUCGAUCCCAGGUCCUCGGCGUGAUAGUCAAGUGUUCUAACUAUCACACCAGGUCCGCUCCAGCGGUAAUUCAUAUAUAUUUUUUUAAUAACUCAUACCUAGAUAGUUGUUGAUGAAUGGGGUGUCUCGUGGAUUUUCAUCAAGGAAGUGCUUGACUCUUGACACCCUCCCUCAGCAUAUCUUUGGUGACCGGUAUUUCUCUGCGCUGACUGUCAAAGACCCAUGAAUCCUGCUCAUUCUCUUCCUGUUCGGUUAAUACCGACUGCAUGAUUUUUCAUUUUCAGACGGGACCGGAUAGUUGACCUCGGAACGCCGUAAUGCUUAGCUGCUUUAUUCAAGCCCAUCUCUUUACUACGAACUUUUCGAACAGCAGCGGCGAUUUCAUCCGCAGAGUACGACGUAUUACUUACCUGGUUCGGAUUCCUGGUUUUAAGCGUAGAUGAAUGUUCAUACAGUAUGAUUAAAUUUUGAGUAUACUCACCAUUUUCGUUGAAAAAACAACCUUUUUCAGGAAAUUGGCACAGGCGGGUCGAAAUCUGGUGUCGCGUGAAAAACAAUAACAGUAUAUGAAAGUUUGCCCAGGGCGAUUAUUGGGUCGGUUGCUGCGAUUGAUUACCAGUUUUCGCCUUCCGUAUUUUGUGAAUUCAAUGAUAUAAACCACAAAAGUACGAACACGAACUACCGUCUACCCCCGUUGGUUUGAUCGCAUCUAAUCUGAACACUUUUUAAUUUGACCCCCGCUAAUCUGCACAUGGUUCAAAUUAAAAAUAGUUCAAAAGUCAUUCUGCUAAUGGAACGGGGUGAAACGGAACGCAGAAUCAAAACAAAACAUCAAAUAACGUUACCAGCAGUGUGUUUUACCGUCGCCUACAGGGUUGCUAGAAGUUCAAACUAAAAAAUGAACCCCGUUGGUUUGCAUGAGGUGUCGUUCAAACCAACGGGGGUAGACGGUAUGUGGCUUUGUAUCAUUCAAUUUAGUUAGUAUUUGACAUUAUGUACGUGAAGAGUAGAAAUUGUAGUAUUUUAUACAUUUUCCCCGAUUUGAUUUUUGGCACCUCUAAUAAUUUCACACACAAUUUUAGCUCAGUUGAGCAUGGACCUUGUUACGACGCGUUAGUGAAAGCCCCUCGGUCGGAGCCGCGCCAAUGUACCAUGGGGAUUGCGAGCACUGACAGUGAGUAACGUGGUAGCCGCAGGUAGGAAAGAAUAAACAAAACGUCUGUCAAAUUGAAGGAUUGUCGAGUCAUGAUUAUUGGAUUUGUAUUGUCUAUCCGGUUGGAAUCAAGACCGACAUUCAAUCAAAAAUUGCCAUUUUCUUAGUCUACAAGUGUCGCAACUGUUUCGCAUCUAGUGCGCUGUGUUGCUGACAACAACGGGAAGGAUGCGCACUACUUUUGACAUGAUUAAAAAACGUCGCGAGUUGGGUCGCGUCGCGACUUGAUUGUGCGAAGUCCGGUUUGGUGGCGGCCCGACAAUAAUAAGGUGAAAUCGAUUAACUAAAAUCUUAAAGUUCAUUGCUAGUAAUUCCCAUAAACCUAUUAUUUGUUAGAUUGAUCAAGUUUACGUAGGAAACGAUAGGCGAUUGAACACAGCAUCGAUAGUUAUUGCAACUUAACUGCAUCUGCGUAUACGAGGCUCGAUAAAGUUUUUCCCAAUUCGAUAUACGACUCGGUAAGAUUGAACUAAUUGUAUGUUUCACGGUGCCUUGAGUCUUGCGAUUUAUGAUGAUAUGUUCUAACAGGUAUACUUAGUAAUCUACGGAAAACUGAGAGGUUGAUGGAAUUCACGGUAGAGCGAAAACCAAGAUUGUGAGUAGCGUUGUGUUUUGGAGAUGAUAUUGUAAUGUAACGAACUGUUUGAAUUUCAGCUAAAAGCACAAAUAAACACCAUUUAGUUGCUAAACGGACUUGGUCGCUCGUAACAAAAUCUUUUAGAAUCUUGAGCGUCAAGAUGGACAAAAACGAAACCUCCACGCCUAGUUGCCGUUCGUGUAAUCGACCCGAUACCGCAGAUGCAAUGGUCGCUUGUGAUGCCUGUGGCCAUUGGCACCACUUUGGAUGUGUAGGAGUUGAUGCGAGUGUAGAGAUUCACCACUGGAUAUGCAGCGAAUGCAAGGUGAAAGGCCACCCGUCCGGAUCAAACGGUGCCGGCGAGAAAGGUGGCGCGCAACACACUCAUACAAUGGAAACCCGAUCGAAAAAGGUUGCUGGUAGUAAAACAUCGUCGCGAUACAAAAAGACCGUGGACAUAGUUGUUCGGUCGAAAGCCGGGAGUGCUACAUCCCAUCGAUCCGUGAUUGAAGAGCAAUUGAAGUUAUUAGAGGAGCAGGAACGUUUAAAGGAAGAGGAAUUGCAGCAAAAGGAGGAACUAGAGCGACUUGAGUUUGAAGAAAAGAAGCGGCAAAUUGAAGAACUACGUCGUCGUCAAGAAGAGGAAUCCAAGCUGCGAGAAGAAAAGCUGGCUAAGCAGAAGGCGCUGCAAGAAGAAAGGCUGAGAAUGAAGCAAGCAUCUCUUGAGAAACGCCAGGAACUAAUUAGGCAGCAUGCACAGAUGAGUGAUCGAGGAUCGUCCAUUUCCGGAUUCUCGGCUAGCACAGAAGGCAGUAAAGUAGAAAAGUGGCUAACGGAUCGCCAGGAUCAGAACGAUCUCCAAAAUCAGGGGACUAUGAUACCAACUACGCGACAGGCCUCGCUACCGCUGGCUUCGCCCCGAGCAUCAGUAAUCGGCAUAAACACUCCUCACAUUAGUCGUCAACCUCCUUCGGUAGAACUCCACCAGCACGGCCAGAUUGCUUCUCAGCUCCAAAACCUGUCGCUACAUGACCUUCAUUCCACGCAACAAGUAGCCCACCCUUCACUGCCCCCCGCGUACAUGCAGAUCGCAGCACGUCAAGUGACCGGCAAGGAUCUUCCAGUGUUCAACGGUAACCCGGAGGACUGGCCCAUGUUUAUUCGAAUUUUCGAGGAGACCACGGCAGCGUGCGGAUUUUCCAAUGUGGAAAACCAGGUCCGGCUACAAAAGUGCUUAAGAGGCAUUGCAUUAGAAACUGUACGUAGUAGGUUGCUGAUGCCCGAAGGAGUUCCCCACGUCAUCAAAACCCUGGAAAUGCGAUUCGGCCGACCAGAACUGAUUAUUCGGUCUAUGCUGGAUCGGAUUCAACGACUUCCGGCACCAAAACCAGACCGCCUGGAAACAGUGAUCGAUUUUGGACUGGCUGUUCAGAAUCUGGUGGUUCACCUUCAAGCGGCAAAGCAAGACAAUCAUCUGAAUAACCCAACACUACUCCAGGAACUGGUAGGCAAGCUACCAGCACAACUUAAGCUUGAUUGGGCUCGGUAUAAAAUUCUCAAUUCUUCGCCAACUCUUGCUACAUUUGGCAAUUUUAUGGAGCAGUUGGUUCAAGCUGCUAGCGAAGUGUCCUUCGAAGUACCAAUUGCCGCGACGACGACCCAACCAGGAAAAUCGAGAAGCAGGGAAAAACCUGUAGCAUAUUCGUAUUCCCACGACAAACAAAAGGCGUCUCCUUCAGGAAACACGGAGUACAAGAAGAAACCUAAGGCCUGUUCUAUGUGCGGUGACUCUGGCCAUCGUCUGUGGGGUUGCGACGAAUUCAAAAAAAUUGGAUUCGAGGAUCGUACGAAAUUCGUGCGACAAAACAACCUUUGUCGAACAUGCCUAAAUUUUCAUCAAAAGUGGCCUUGUAAAACAUUCCAGGGGUGCAACGUCGACGGUUGCCAAGAGAAACACCACCCUCUCUUACAUCCACCAGUUUCCCGUGAACCGAUGCAUUUGUCAACGAGUCAUUCAUCGGUGCGCACCGGUUGUCCACAAUCACUUCCGUUCUUCCGUAUACUGCCGGUCGUUCUCUUCAAAGAUGGUGUUCAGAUGUCCACCUUUGCGUUCAUCGAUGAAGGGUCCUCGUCCACCCUUCUAGAUCGUUCAGUAGCUGAUGCUCUCGGACUUAAUGGUCCUGUGGAGCCACUCACGUUGCAGUGGACGGGAAAUGUUACCCGCAAAGAAAAGAACUCUCAAUGCGUACAAGUUCAGAUCUCCGGCAGAGACAAAUCAUCGACAUACUCACUGGUGGACGCCCGGACAGUUGAUAAACUAUUGCUCCCGAAACAAUCGUUGCCGUACAGGAUACUGAGGGAAAAGUUUCCACAUCUCCGUGGCCUACCAAUCGAAGACUACGACAUGGUGGAGCCGAAGCUUCUUAUCGGAGUGGAUAAUCUCAGGCUUGGGAUCCCACUUAAAAUUCGAGAAGGUAGACAUAACGAACCCACAGCAGCGAAAUGCAGAUUGGGUUGGACCAUCUACGGUGGUGGUGGAAGCUCGCUAUUGUCAUCGGUUACAGUGAACUUCCAUACAUCGGCGUUUCAAGACCCAGACCACGAAUUGAACCAGCAACUUAACGAUUACUUCACGCUGGACCAAGUUGGAGCCGGUCUAUCUUUCCCAAUAAUGGAAUCAGAAGCAGACAAAAGAGCGCGACGUCUGUUAAGUGAAACCACACGUCGGGUCGGAAACAGGUUCGAGACUGGUCUGCUGUGGAAAGCGGACGACGUGCAGUUCCCAAAUAGUUACCCUAUGGCUGUGAAGAGACUAGAAGCGUUGGAGAAGAAGUUGAACAAGGAACCAGAUCUCCGGUUGCGUGUACAACAGCAGCUGGACGACUAUAUUGCCAAGGGGUACUGCCAUCGAGCGUCGAUUAAGGAACUGGCUGCCACGGAUGACAAAAGUGUCUGGUAUCUUCCGUUAAGCAUCGUCUUCAACCCUAGGAAGCCCAACAAAAUAAGACUUGUGUGGGACGCUGCAGCACAGGUCAACGGGAUUUCCUUUAACUCGGCGCUUCUAAAGGGGCCCGACUUGCUCGUACCGCUCGUUGCCGUCCUGAGCCACUUUAGGGAGCAUAAGGUGGCAGUUAGUGGGGACAUUAAGGAGAUGUUUCUCCGGAUGCUGAUUCGCGCUAAAGAUCGUCAGGCUCAGCGGUUUCUGUGGAGAGAAGACCGUAGUGAAACCCCCCAAAUUUACGUAAUCGACGUUGCCACGUUUGGGUCAACCUGUUCCCCGAGUUCGGCCCAGUUUGUAAAAAACUUAAACGCGCAGGAAUACAUGCAGCAGUUCCCAAGGGCCGCAACUGCAAUCGUGAAGUUCCACUAUGUGGACGAUUAUUUAGACAGCUUCGCAACUGUCGAAGAAGCAAUCGAAACAGUUCAGAAAGUCAAAUACAUCCAUUCUAUGGGUGGAUUUGAAAUUCGAAACUUCCUUUCGAAUUCAGAGCAAGUAUUAGCAGCAAUUCACGAAGAAUGUGAUGAAAAUGGAAAGGAACUUAACAUAACUCGAGCGGAAAAGGUGGAAUCGGUUUUGGGCAUGAAAUGGACCCCCAAUGCCGACGUUUUUUCAUACGCUAUAUCUCCGAAACAGGAUAUUUCGAAGAUAUUUGAACCGAGAUACGUACCAACGAAGCGGGAGAUGCUCAAGGUUGUAAUGAGCCUGUUCGACCCUCUCGGACUCGUAACGUUCUUCCUCAUUCAUGGAAGGAUUCUAAUCCAGGACGCAUGGGCGGCGGGCAUCGGCUGGGACACUCUGAUAGACGGCCCAUUGUAUCACAACUGGCAGCUUUGGAUCAGAGGUUUCCAACCGCUAAAAGGACUGCGUGUUCCACGUAAUUAUUUCCAGCAUACAGUGAAUGGAGCGGUGCAACUCCACGUGUUUGUCGACGCUAGCACUGUAGCGUAUGCUUGCGUGGCAUAUUUUGCUGUAUUUGGCCCUAAGGGGAUGGAAGUGACGUUGAUCUCUGCAAAAGGCAAGGUGGCGCCAAUCAAGGUUCUCUCCGUACCCCGACUAGAACUCAACGCAGCAGUGCUGGGUACUCGUCUAGCUGAAUCGGUGAUCAAUUCUCAUAGCUAUCAAGUCGAUCGCAAAUUCUUUUGGACAGAUUCGAGAACGGUCCUCGCUUGGAUCAACUCUGAUCACAGAAGAUAUCACCAAUUCGUUGCAGUCAGAAUCGGUGAAAUAUUAUCGUCAACCCGGAUGAACGAGUGGAGAUACGUACCCUCUGGACAAAACCCAGCAGACCUCGCCACAAAAUGGGGCAACGGUCCGAGCUUCGACAUGGAAAACCAAUGGUUUCGAGGGCCUGCUUUCCUACAGGGUUCCGAAGAUACCUGGCCCAAGACUCGCCGUUUCACGACCGCUACAGAAUUAAACAAUGCACAGCACAUUCACUGGCGGGCAACCCAGCCAGUAAUCGACGUAGCUCGCUUCAGUAAAUGGGAAAGACUUCAACGAACACAAGCGUAUGUACUCCGUUUCGUUAAUAACCUCAAGUGCCAGCAUAAGGGUGAAGCAUUAGCUCUUGGCAUGCUGUCACAAAGUUAGCUUCAACAGGCG